AUGAUCGACGUCAGCCAAGUUAUCCUCGCGCCAUUAGUUCAGGUUCUCCUGCAAAACCUCCACGCGAUAUUGUUGUCGAAACUGGAAGAAUCGCAGAAAUUGAAGACCGAUCUGAGGAAGAUGGAUAACUCCCUGAAGUACGUCCAGGAGCUCCUCGCCAGAGAAGAUGAGAACACGGAGAGGGUGGACAAGAGGAUAAGCUGGGAGCGGAACCUCCGGCAGAUAGCGUACGACGCGAACGACGUCCUGGACGAGAUCCAGACGGAGGACCUCCGACGAGAGCAUCUCCUCCUUCACAAGAUACGCGAUCGUUGUGAACAUCUGGUCCCUAGCCGCCGAAAUUUUAUGCACCAGAUAGGAGACCGUGUCGAGCAGAUCAAUGCAAAGCUUGUUCAAAUCACCGAGAAUCUUCGCCUCGGCCCGGUGGACCGGCCUCGAAAAAAAAAUGAUGAGAUCCAUGUUAUAGGGACAACGGAGAACUUGUCCGUCGAAAACUCCGUCUUCGGCAGGGAGUCUGUCGUUGAAAGAGUGGUGAAUAUGCUGCUCACAGGCGAUGGCUCAGACAAACCUGUACUAACUAUUCCCCUAAUGGGGUUCGGAGGGAUCGGCAAGACGACCAUCGCUCAGGUCGUCUACAACCACGACCACACCUCCGCAUAUUUCGAAAAGAAGACGUGGGUCUACGUCCCCGACGGAUCGAACCUGACCCAGCUGACCAAAGUGAUUAUUGAAUGCAUGGAUCAGCCGACCACAUUCACGGACCUGAAUAGGAUGCAGAGCAUAAUCUCAGAUCAUCUCAGGGGAAAGAGGUACCUUCUGGUGUUGGAUAAUCUGUGGAAUGAACGCUCGGACGAUUGGGCAGGGAUCGACAAGGAUUGGGCCGUGCUCCAGAAGGCCCUCCUCACCGGGGGGCCGGGGAGCAGAAUCCUUGUGACCACCAGGAAUCCGACCGUCGCCAGAAGUACCGGAACCGUGGGCGAACCCAUCGUCUUGACCCAUCUGUCCGACGAGGACUGCUGGUCCCUCUUCAGCCACCACGCUUUUGAGAGUGAAGCACGGGACGCACAUCUGGUCUCCGUCGGGAAGGAGAUCGCGAGGAAAUGUCGUGGUUGGCCGGAAGCUACGAGGGCACUGGGAAGGCACUUGCGCGCCGCUGAUACGAGUGCAUGGGAUCACGUUCAUAAGGUCGAGAUACCCGCGUUCAUCCCCGAUCUCCAGCAGAGCAUCUUGAACUCCCUUGUGUCGACAUACGUCCAGUGGCCGGCCCGUCUGAAGCAGUGCAUUAGAUUUUGCGGGAUCUUUCCCCCGGAUCACCAGUUUGAAAGGGACUUCUUGAUUCGGCUGUGGAUGGCGCAAGGAUUUCUUCACUCGGCUAACCGGACGCCGGAAGAGAUUGGCGGCGAAUACAUCGAUUCUCUACUGGACCGGAUGUUCUUCAGGCGAGUGGAAGACGGCAGCCCGACGAGGUACGUGAUGCCCAGCCUCGUCUCGCAGAUGGCCCAUUACGUCUCCGCCGAUGAGAGCUGUCUCGCCGCGUACAAUAAGGAGUUCAAGGUCCCACCAAAUGCUCGGCACGCGACUCUCGUGUUCGAUCAGGUCCAUCAAAGAGGAGGAACACGGUCGUUUUCAGUGAACGAUCGGUCAAAGACGACCAUCGAAUCAUUCUACGGGUGCGAGGGCUUGUAUACUCUGUUGCUUCUUGGGUCUUCUCCUAACUUGCAGAUUCCUCAGGACAUGGCGGACCGGCUGAAACGCCUUCGCGCGCUCGAUCUGGGAUGCUUGGAGAUUAAAUCCCUGGACGAAUCGAUUGGGAAGCUGAUUCACCUGAGAUAUCUGAACAUCUCCAGCCCCAAGAUCAAAAAGCUUCCAAAAUCUGUCUCCAAACUCUAUAACCUGCAGACCCUGGGCCUGAGAAACUGCAAGAUGCUGGAGAAGCUUCCAAGGACCAUCGUGUCCCUGCCGAAACUCCGCCACAUCGAUCUCUACCACGAUGAGGAUUUUCAGGAGGAAGCUCCGUGUUCGCUGAGCUCCAUGCCGAAGGGCGUCGGCAAGUUGAAACUACUGACAUUGUCCAUUUUCGUUCUUUCGAGCAGAUUUACUCGUGCACAAAUUCAGGAACUGGGCGAAAUGAACGACAUUCAAGGAGAUCUUCGUCUGCUAAAUCUCCAAAACAUUUCCAAGGAAGCGAGUGAAGCAAAUUUGCACAUGAAGAGUCACAUUACUAGAUUAGAGCUGCAGUGGGGCGACCAGCAAUCUUUGAAGAGCUCAGACUCGAUGCCGGAGAUUGUGCUGGAAAAGCUUCAAGCGCCUAAGGGUAUCAAAGAGCUUUGGGUAGUGGGUUUCGAUGGGCGUUCGUUUCCGAAAUGGAUCGGCGACGGUAGUUUCUCAAAGCUAGUGAAGCUCAGGCUCUCCAAUUGCAGGGUGUGCCCACGGCUUCCGCCCCUCGGCAAGCUCCCCGUCCUGGAAGAACUUUCUAUCAAAGGAAUGGAUGCCGUGGAAUAUGUUGACUGCGCGUUCUGCGGUGGGAGCAACGGGUUUCACUCGUUGAAGAAGCUAAGUUUCGAGCGCAUGAAAAACUGGAAGGGGUGGUACGGUGAGAAAGAAUGUACCUUCUCCUCCCUCAGUGAACUCGUCAUCAAGGACUGCCCUCAGCUCGUUGCCUGCCACCCAAUACCUCAGAAGGCACGUGUGCUUUUUAUUGAAGCUUGA